AAGCAGGCGACGCGUUGACUUCGUUCCCACCACUUUCACCGGCAAACAAAAGUCCAGCCGCACCUCGUCGUCGUUGUCUCCAUCGUCGUUGUGAGCAGCGGUAUCCAUCCCAGGAGGGCCUUGACGCUCGUCGCAUGGAUACCCAUGUCUUUGCCUCACUAGCGCAUGUCCAAAUCCUAUUAGUACCAGUUGGCUCUAUAUCUCAGCCGACCUUCGAUAAAUAUGUCGCGGAAAUUCGCAACUUCGAGUCCAUUAGACUUGGGGACAUACCAGUGGAUAGCAAGGAUGAGAGAGCUCGGUUCAUGCCCAACCCUCUUUCGACAGGCCAUCUCCAUUUGAGCUUUCCAACGCAUCCGCCUCCUACUUCACAUAUACCCCUUUCGUUGUUGCGGCCUUCUCAUUUCCCACUCGCCGUUAUUGGUAUCGCCUCAUGCGCACCGGAUGACACGCUUCCUUCUGUCCUUGCCCAGUUCCAUGGCACCCUACUUGAUCUCUUUCCAGCGGACUUCGUCUUCCCACUUGCCAGAAUCUGUUUUGUUUUUGAAGAGGGUGAUGGUAACAAUAGCACCAAUCUAGGCGACAGUCUUCCAGGUUUAGCCGUCAUUCCAAGCAUGAUGGGUAACAAGAAAAUAUACCUUGGAACACUUAUAGCCGAUUUGUGUUCAAAUGUCCUGGGUGAAUUCGGAGUACUUGUUCAAGCACUCGAAAGUCCAUUGGGAAACGAAUAUCUGAACUCAUCACUCCUACCGGUUCUCCCUCCGUUAUCGGAACUCCCCACGCCCUUGAAUGGAAAUCGAAUACGUGAUGUCCUACCGCCUCUAUCGUCACAUAACAGUGUACCCGACAUGUCAAAGUCUGGUUUCACCCUAGCGUCAUCUCCUAGCAUGAAACGAACUUCGUCUGCGGGUCAUCGGCAAUCUACGCUCACAGUUCCCGCCUCAAAGAAGCGGCUAAGCAGUAUCGGCGCUGUCUCAUCUCCUGGACGAUUGUUCAAAGUCUUAGGCGAUUUCUUCACCCUUGCAGGCAGAACAGAAGACGCCUAUGUAUGGUAUACGGAAUCCCUUCAACUCUUCAGAGCGACGCCCGAUCCAGUGUGGCAGGCUUCCGCUUUAGAGGGUCUCGCCACGAUAUCUAUCCUUGAUUCAUGGUCGGCUGGACAUGGACUACAAACAUCCACAAGUGCCACCACCCGUGAUCCUUGGGCUGACGUUGCCGACAAACUGACCCAAGCAACCUCGCUGUAUUACAGGACACCCAUUGCCGACAUGGACCAUCACUCUCUUGUUGCUUAUCUUUAUUGCUGUUGCGUGCUUCGACAUUCUUCUCUUCUUUUCUCUGUAUGGUCCGCCAAAGGAUGGGGUCCGCUUGCUUUUACAACCAUGUUGCAACCUGGGACGACACCUUACCUCCCACCUACGAUAUCCUAUGAAGACCGUAAUUCAUGGUCACAUUUAGAACGUUUAAGUUCAAUUUCGGGCAUAUCUCGCAUAUCUGUUGCCUCCGUUAUUGCUCAAGCUCAUGGUCCCUGGUUGUUACACCUGGACGCUAGGGAACGAAUAGGCGUUCUGGAAGCGGUGGCUGCCUUGUAUUCUUGCUUGGGAUUCAGGCGAAAAGAGGCAUACAUCUUACGAGAGGUUCUUGGGUGUAUUCUUGACUUGAUUGUCUGUGGUAGAGAUGAGGAUGGUAUUGCUACGGCGUCAUAUAGUCCUGAUGAAGGCGCACAGACUUCCACGACAAAUGCUACCAUGUCGUCGGCACCAGGCAACCCUCAGGUUGGGGUGAGGGUGAAUGAAAGCACAGAGGGAAAUCACAGCAUCUUGAAGCUUCUCACUCACCUUUGCAGGGUCCUCGGUAUCGAAUUAGAUGCUGUAAAGAUCGUCGAUGCGGACAGCACUUCGGUGGAUGCCAAUGAGCCGGAUGACGACUUUCAACUCCGAGAGCCCUUUGGUUGGCCUGAGUUGCAGGUUGGCGUUGUCCGAGAAGCAGUGGCUGUUGCGGAAGCAUUACCAGAUUAUCUGGCCGUUGCUCAAUUUGCCUUAUCUUCUCUGAAGACUCUUCAAGACGUGCUGGAAGUUGGCGAUCAGUAUCAUUUUUACAAGACUGCUACGGAAGCAUUGUCGACGGCACGGCGACGGGGGGACACUAGACCCGUGGAAUACUGGACAGGGAAUCCCAUCACCAGUAUCUCUGUGGCGCCGCUACCUCUUAUACGUCUGCCCAACGAGAAACCCCUGUCCGCCCUUCGGCCAAGGUCUGGUGAGGUGAACCCAAUUCUCACCGGAGCUAGAAAUCCUUUCCUUUACAAUCCUCGACAAGCAGCAUUUGGUCAACCGAGUCAAACUAUGGUUGUACAAAAUGAAGUACUUGAAUUCGUAAUCGAGCUCCAGAACCCCUACGUUUUUAACCUUGAACUCGACUCUCUUUCUCUCAGUACCACUGGUGUCCCAUUUGAAUCCACGCCAACGCGAGUAUUGAUUCCCCCGGAAUCAAAUUAUCGUGUCGUCGUUUCUGGAAGGGCCACGCAAAGUGGCACACUGACAAUUCGGGGUUGCAUUGUCCAAGCGCCCGCAGGGGCCCCUCGCGAAUUUGUCAUUCCUCUUGCUACUGACGACGAACUGGAGCGACGAGCGCGAAGACACGGGGCUCUACAAUGCGAGAUGGGCCGGUCAAAGUAUUCUGGAUUGGAUGCAUUCCCUUGGGAAAAGGCUUUGAAACGUGGGAACACGCAAUUGGCCAGAUCGCCACCGAGGUCAAUCCCCAGAUUUUUAGAAUGCAAAGUUGUUCCCGAACAGCCACUUUUGCGCAUCCGACGUACGUCAGUGACGCAUGGGGCCCUGAUGCUGUAUGAUGGAGAGAGGUCUACCAUUCGGUUGACAGUCGAGAAUGUCUCCUCCCUGCCAGUUGAUUUCCUGAGAUUGGUUUUUGAUGACUCUACAAUUGCCCCCGCCCAGCAGGCUCUUGCCGAAGGCUCCCUGUCUACCUUCGACACUUACGAAACGGAGUACAAUCUGAUACAUCGACCGCUAUUCUCAUGGAAUGAGGAUGAAAGCCGGACUAUUGAUCCAGCCGGUAAACUAACAUUGACUGUACAAUGUUUAGGGAAGGUCGGAUGCACCAGCGGCACUAUACACGUCACGUAUGCUUGCAUACAACGCAACCCGGAAAGUCCUUCAGAAGUAUUUCACACUCGUCAAUUAUCGUAUCCGCUCAUGGUCACCGUAUAUCAUAUGCUGGACUGUCAAGCAAUGGAUAUUCUCCCAUUGCCUUUGCACGAUGAUGACAGCAGACCCAAGAAAUCUCAGUUGCCAAAGAGUGAUAUACCUGACUGGUGUUUGUUCUCAAUUGAAGUGAGAAAUUCUUAUGGGACACCAUUCGAAGUAACUAUCGAGAGAGUACAACAAGACGCCGGGUUUGCUAAAGCCUCAAGCAUCAUCGCUCCUGGUUCCACUUCACGCCUUGUCAUCCCUUUGCGAAAGUUUUUGCUGACCCAGCCACACGUCUCCCAAGCUAUACCAACGUUGUCUGAUAGGCAAUUCGUGCUCACUGAAUCCAAAUUAUCGGAUGACGAGGAACGAACCCAGACGGAGCUCUUUUGGUACCGAGAGGAAUUGUUCAAGUCACUACAGUGUCGAUGGCAAGAGGUGGGUGGCACCCGGUCUGGUGAUUUGUCAUUACGACAGCAGCGGAUGACACUGCCAAUGCUGAAUACUUUGCGCACGGAAGCUGCGAGGAUUGAUAUGUCUUUGCUGACAUUUGACGAGUUGGAGGUGCCUCAUCGAAACGACAAAUAUCAUCCUCGGGCGAACGAGUUCGUACACCUUCAUAUCAAGAUUAAAAACCAAUGCGGCUCUCCGUUGACUUUGUCAUUGGACCUGGUUAUGGAACCUUCUGAGCAUGUCAUCUAUGAGGGGGUCCUCAAUGAUAUACCGGUGGGACAACUGGAGGGCGGAACCUCAUUCGACAUCACUAUACCGCUGUGCUUCCUUGCGUAUGGCCGCUUCACCAUUUGGGCAGCAGCUAAUACGUUUGGAGGGAAAGCCCGGGAAAGGGUACAAGGUCUCGCACACCUUACCGCAGUCCUCUCCGAGGGAUGAUACUGGCGUGCCGAAGGGACACUAAUAGUUCCUCAUAGUUCAACACGCGCGUUAUUUACAGCAGGCCAAGUAUUGGCGGUUCUGAGAGAGCGGCGCGCAGUGUUCUACAGAGACGGGUUCGUACCGUAGAUUGUGCUUG